AUGUACGAAACCAUAAAAGCCAAAGUAAAAUAUGAGCUUGAUCAAGCAGAUUUCUUAAGUUUAACUAGUGAUGGUUGGACCUGUCAGCACACAAUUCAAUCGUAUUACAGUUUAACAGCUAGAUUUGUAACGCAUGAGUUUACAGUUAAACAUGUCAUCUUACAAGUUACACACUUCCCUGAGUCGCACACAGGGCACAAUAUAAGUAAAUUCAUAAAUAAAGCGCUACAAUCAUGGGAAAUUCCCCAUGAAAAAAUUCAUGCAGUUUUAACUGAUAAUGCAGCCAAUGUAAUAGCUGCCAUUAAAGAGUCAAAUUUGGGCAAUAAACAUCUUCCAUGUCUGAUACAUACUUUACAACUUUGUGUUCAGAAAAAGAUCUUUAGAGAACAAAGAACAGCAAGUGAUACAAUAGCUGUUUUUCGAGCAUUAGCAGGACAUUUCCACCACUCAUCUAGUGCUGUGGCUAAACUAAAGGAAAUUCAAAGUCAACUAAAAUUGCCAGAGCAUAACAUAAAUCAAGAUGUUUCCACAAGAUGGAAUUCGACAUACUAUAUGCUUGAAAGGUUCAUUGAGCAGAAAAAAGCUAUUAAAUUGUAUUGCAUUACCAGAAAUCAAACAAAUGCAAAAAAUCCUACGGAAAAUCAAUGGCAACUUGCUGAAAUGCUUGUAUGCAUAUUAAAACACUUCGAAAGUACUACAAAAGACAUGAGUAAAGAAACUGCAUGUAUAUCAGAGAUUAUACCAUUUAUCUAUGCAAUGGAAAAGUUUCUAGACUACGCUUGUGACACGGCAACUGAAAUAAAAACUGUUGUUGAUGAACUUUAG